CAGUCGCAUAAGGACGGCCGCACGUAGCUCUGCACAGUUUCGGCUCAAAGGUACAGCGGCGGGGCCCUGAUGCCGCCGUCAAGUCGGGACAGGUAACCGUAUCCUUCCCCGGCGCGGUCCACGCCCUCCGCUGCGCACAGGUAACGCCGAGCAGGAAGUGGCUGUCAGAGCCGUUUGCUGUCGGAACGUGGGUGAAAAUGCAGCUGUGUGUCUGAGAGCAGAAGCGGGAGUUCGAUUUUUUUGGAAGUUUUAGCAUAUUUCAAAGCAGGAAAGUGUAAUUUUUGUGGAGAACAUGCGGCUCUGUGCGACCUGCGCGCUGCUUCUGCUGCUGGCAGCUUUGGACUGUUCAGAAAUCCUGCAGACGGCGGUGCGACCAGAUAAAGGCUGGACUGUGAUGCUCUCCACUAAGCUGGAUCAGUGUCCGGUUUGUACAGUCAGCGGGGUGAACGACACCCAGACGACCUGCCAGGCUUCUCUCUCUCUGGUACCUGAAGAGGAAGUCAAACUGUUGUUUAACUGCUCCCAGCCUAUUGGUCAGACCUACACCGUGAUGAUCAACAGCUCCAUUGAAUGCACCAAGGAUUCCUGCGACCCGUCGAGAGUAGCUCUACCAUCCGUCCUGACGGAGCUCAGCAGGACCUUCUCCGUUGAGGUGAAGGCACCUGAGAAGACGGUUGUGAGUCUGGAUGUCCUCGGGGAGGGAUUGAUGGAAUCGUCGCAACCGUGCGCCGAUGGAAUUCAGUAUUCAGUGGUCACAUCUAAGACCGAUGGCAAAAGCCCGACUCAGUAUUGUCGAGGUGGUUCAGAAACUCGAUUAGAUCUGUCGAAUGAAGCUGCCGUGUCUCUGCAAGUUUGGCCAAAUGUUAAGGUGGAAACGGCGUCGUUUCAGGCCUCCGCUGCACCACUGAAGGGCAGAACGAUGGCGGUAACGGUUGAUCCCAGCACGACGGUGGCCCUCAUCCGAGACGUGGAGGAACCAGAGUGUGAAGUUUGCACCGUUGAAGGAUCCACUCCCUCCUGCAGCUCCAAAGAAAAGCAGCUGACCAGCGCUGAAAAUUCACUGGAGUUCAGCUGCCUGAAGCCUGAGGACGUGUUCAGCGUGAAGAUGAAGAAGAAAAUAGCGUGCACUGAGAGCUCCUGUACUCCCGCUGCAGCAGAAGUCGAUCCUGAGCUUUUCAAAGACUUCAAAAGAUCUCUAACGUGGGACGUUAGUGUCCCAGAGAAGACUGUGUUAACGUUGGACUUUCCUGCUGGCGGACUGAAGCAUAUUUCUGCAGAAGAGAACUGCCAGGACGGCUAUCGGUACUCUGUCAGCACAACUAAGAAUGAUGGAAAAAUCAAAGCUAACAGCUACUGCAGAGGCGGCGCUUUGUCUCAUCUGGAUCUGCUCGGAGCGACGACGGUGACUGCUGAGGUACCCAAAGGAGGAGAGCUGGACCGAACUGUGUUUAAUGUCAAAGCAGCACCAAGAGGUGCCAGAAUGAUGUCGGUGACCCCUGACCCCGAAACCAUCAUCAUCAUCAGCAGGGUCGGGGAGGAUCCGGACUGCAGCGUUUGUGUGGACGACCCUCCUAACCAGAAAUGUGACCCAAAGUAUCUGAGACUGACUGAUCAUCGCAACACCUCAGUAGAGUUCACCUGCCCUCGACCUCAGGACGUCUUCAAUGUGGAGAUCAACAGAGAAAUCGACUGCACAGAGACCUCCUGUUCUGGAAACAUUGUCCAGCCGGAGUCCUCUCUGUUCCCGGACUUUAACCGGACCUUUACCUGGGACCUGAAGGUCGUCGCCACUCGGGCUUUCCAGCUGGACUUCCCAGAACCGGGAAUGCGACAGAUUCCCAACGAGGAGACCUGUCCGGAUGCACACACUUACUCUCUUGUUAUUUACCUUCGCACUGGACCGGCGAACAUCGGUACCUUUUGCAAAGGAGGAACCGUGACAACCAUCAUGGCUCGCUACAAGGGAAGAGUGUCCCUGCAGGUCCCUGGAGAAGCAAAGCUGGAUCCUGUAGACUUCAAACUGCAUGUUGGACCUGAGACGGACAAGUUGGCCAUAGUGAAAGUCAACUUACCACGAGGCGUAUCGGACAUAGACUUCAUCACAGCCAACUACCCCGGAGAUUUCCCCGACGUGCAGCAGAUGCAGUGGGACUUCACGGUACCCGGCAUGCACAACUACUCCGUGAGCUUCCUCAGCCACGCCGCCCCCGAAUGCCUCAGCGGUGAAGUUAUGGUGGAGUAUCAGAAGAAGGACAAGAAGGUGACCAAAGCGACUCUGACGGAUCCUCAGCCCAAGCACCAGCAGGGAAACUUCAACAUGGUGCUGAAGAACUGCGAAACCAACCGGACGCUGGAAGGACUCAACCUGAAGUACAGAGUGUCUGUGAUGAGGAGCGGCCAUCCAGUUCUGUGUACGGUGGAUCUCACCAAACACCGAGAAGUUUCCGUGCAGAUCGAGAAGGUUGGUUCCGACCCGAACUGUGAGAUCAGCAUGAAUUCAAAGGUUUCAGAGAAGAUAGAUGUGGCUGCAGGCACCACAGCUAAUCUGUCCUUCCUCGACUGUCCAAAAGAGGAUAUCCGCCUGACGGCCAGCAAAGUUAUCUGGUGUCGAGAUGCGUCGUGUUCUGCGUCUAAACUCACCGUUCCCAAACUGGAUUCCUGCCUGCCGAUGCCGCUGCACAGCUUCACCUGGAACCUCUACAUCCCUAAGGACAGAACACUGGACCUGGUAUCGCCCACCGGGAGCCUGAAACAGUCUCUGCCGGGCCAGAGGUGCAACCACUCCGUCUUGCUGCAUGUGGCUGAAGGCGACGGCUCUUCUCUGGGAGAUUUCUGCUUUAAUGGUGACAUCCAGAAGGUUCAGGUCCACGCCAACGUCUCCGUCACGGCCACAGUCAAAGACUUCAACAUCACCAGGGGGCCUUUUCUCAGCGUCAAUGUUAGUCAGGAGAUCCCAGAGACCGUUAUUUACAGAGUCAGCCCCAAGCUGGCGUCUCCGACCCUGCUGGCCACCCCCGGCUGGCCUGGGGGCAUGAACCCCUCCACCACCGUGUCCUGGAUCGUCACCCUGCCCAGCCAGUACCAAGCCCACCUGCAGUUCGUCAACAUCACUCGGCCCAAGUGCAAAGACAGACACGCGUACAUGAAGGUGAAGACACUGGAUUCAGUGGAGGAGAUGAUGAGCCGGCGUGAGGACGAGGAGGCCGAGGACAAAUUGUUAGUCCUGCAGAGCUUCUACCUCAACAUGUCCAACUGCAUCCCAGAGGAGAGGCAGUUUAGUGUAUUGACCAAAAUCACCCUGGAGAAGAAGACCAAUCUCUUGGCCAUCGUCCUCGGGAUUACAGGAGCUGUUGUGCUCGCGCUUGCAGUGCUGGGUGUUGUUUGUUGUAUCACAAAGAAAAAGAAAAAACAAAAGAUGAACACAGAGUCGUCCAUCUACAUCAGUAAAGGGAACAUCUUCCGACCGGGCGACAGACACUUCAGCAAAACCCGAUCUGACAAUGAGUCCCACGUCUACGACUCCAUAGACGAGACGAUGGUGUACGGCCACCUGCUGGGCGACUCUUAUCAAACUUUCACCGGCCCCGUUGACGGAUCGUUGCCUACAGUCAAAGAACCAGACCCAGAACCCGAGAUGGACCAGUACAAUACAUUCCUGAAGCCCUCUGAGACUUUCAUCCCGCCCCGUCCGCGCACUCCCAUUGACCGGCAGGACAGCCUCGGCUUCCAGGACCGCAGAAUGGUCGACAACGAACUGUACACUUUCAAGAGCACGGGCGAGAUAAACACAAUCCGGCUGUCUGGGGUUGAUAUGGAGCCACAGCCGCCGAUAACGGAAGAGUCUUUGUAGAGUGUUUGGACUGUAUCUGUGGGAUGGACUAAAGUUACUGAAUCCUUGUUACAGCACCGAGUAUCUGUCGACGGUACUGAUGACAACAUCUGUGCCUCCAACACACUCAGGGAAUCUGAGUUCAGUUACUUUUUAAAUGUGGUGCAUCUUUGCAGAAACUCAAGUUUUAAGAGUGACAGUGCUGACCCUUGUCUUUAAAGGAAUAGUUUAGAGAACAUUUGCUGUCUGCAAGAGUUGGAGAAGAUUGAUGCUGUGGUAUCUGUUGUUCCAAGAAGAUACAACAAUGCUGUUUUUUUUAAAUAUGCAACUAGUUGGUUUAGCUUAACAUAAAAAAACAACCUACCAGUAACUCUAAAGCACUGUUUAACCUGGUCAAUGUGAUUAGUAACGGUUUAACUGACUUCGUAGAGACACUCCAAGAAGUAACUGCUCCUUUCCAAAAAAUAGUCCAGCACAUAAUGUUCUGUAAAACCUUAACUUGUCAUUUUUACUUGUUGCUUUCUUACUAUUUAACCUUCUGAUACACAACAUGGGUCAAAAGUGACCCAAAUUUAAUGGAAAAUGGGUAUGUCUCGACCCAUGUUAUGCAUUAAAGGGUUAAACAAGUGAGAUAUACCAUGCUAUUUUGUGAGCAGAGGUGCUGGUUUGUGGAUUUUAGCUCCCCCCCCCCCCCCCCCAUUUUCAUUCUUUAUGUUGUGCUAAGCUAACUUAAUCUACGAGUCUUACUCUAAGAAAGGAAGCAACAAAAACAAACUAUUUCUUCAAUGUUUGAUUUAUUCGGUUUUAAUAAGACUUUGCCAGUGUGUCAUGAUUCAUGAACAGAAAUGGAAAACAUGAAAGUGCUCUGUCAGUGUCAUUUUUAAAAUGUUUUUAUAACUUUUGCUAGUCUUUUUUUAAGAUUUGUUUUUUUCUUUACCUGUAAAUAUAAUUUAGUUUUUUUUUUCUUUUUGCAAUAAAUUUGAGGAAGUGGU